AUGAACGUCAGUUCUCACCUUUUCUCAGGAUGGUUCAUGUAUCUGGAGACCAGCGCCCCAAGACUCAACAAAGAGAAGGCUCGUCUUGUCUCCCCUGAACUCAAUAGUUCCAAUCACAACUGUAUGCAGUUUUUCUUUCACAUGCUCGGAGAUCACGUGAACACACUGAAUGUGUAUUUGAAACGGACAGGCGUGAAUGACAAAUUGAUAUGGACACGAUUAGGGGACCAAGGCAAUACUUGGCGAGAAGCACAGGUGGCUUUGCUGCAAACACCUGGUGAGACAUUUCAGGUAGUAUUUGAAGGCGUCGUUGGCCCUGGUUACCGUGGUGAUAUCGCGAUUGAUGACGUCAGCACUACUUCCAGUUCGUCAUGCGCAAUCCUUCCUAUUACAGCUGAUCCACAGAUACCAAAGCCGCCUCCAACAACAGCUCCCAAACUACGACCUCAACCGAGAUUCUGUGGCCGCAAACUUGAAUCUCGUAUUGUCGGUGGGAGUUCAACCAGGCCUGGUGACUGGCCUUGGGUCGCCAUGCUGACGAACAAAGACGUGAAUGGCACCUCUCGCCAGUAUUGUGGUGGAACACUUAUAUAUCCAAAUGUUGUUCUGACUGCGGCUCAUUGCGUGGUGAAUACGCUUGACGACCUGGGAGGUGUCCGCAUGGGGGCGUAUUUCAGGGAUACAACAAAAAGCAUUGGGAGUGAACAAGAUUUUGAUGUGGUUAGGAUCUUGUAUCAUCCCGAUUAUAACGCAGGGGCCCGUUUCAACAACGACAUUGCCUUGUUGCAACUUGAUAGAGACGUCGUGAGAAAUUAUAAAGUUAGCUUUGCUUGUCUCCCCAAAUCCAACAAUGAUUUCCCCCCCGGAACGAUGUGCUAUAUCGCGGGCUGGGGAAGGCUGAAAUCCGGGGGGAAAAGCCCCGAGCAUAUGAUGCACGUGGAAGUUCCCAUCGUAUCGAAUGAAGAGUGCACAGCGAAGGACUCUUAUCACGAUUCGAAGAUCACGCCCGAGAUGCUUUGCGCGGGGUUAAAGGCAGGCGGAAAGGACACGUGUCAGGGGGAUUCCGGGGGACCGUUAAUGUGCAAGAUUGGAUUUAGCUGGCACAUCGUGGGCAUCACAAGCUGGGGCUAUGGAUGUGCUAUACCUGACUAUUACGGUGUCUACGCAAGAGUUGCAAAUUUUCUGGACUGGAUAGCAAGUGGCGUUGAAUCAAUUAAACAAUCGUCAAUAAAUGCUUAAAUUUAUUAUAAAACUGUCAUGAAAUAAAUAUACGGGUUAAAUAAA